AUCAGAAAGUUUGGUGCAAGAAAGCAUGCAACUUUCUCAACAUGCUGGCGAUGUUCCAGCAGCAGCAUCUAGCAAAGUUCAUCCUAACAUACUCUGAUAACAACACAUCUCCAAACACCAACCCAAUAUAUAUAAACACACACUAUACACACCACAACAACACACACACACACUUCACUUCACUUCACUCCACUUAACUUAUUUACAGUCAUGGAAAGCCCAAGAUUAAAAACUACCCAAAAGUGUGUGAAGAACACUUGCUACACCAGUGAUCAUGUUCGUUCGCCAACGAGACAUGCGAAAUCUCUCUCCACUUCGCUUCCUAUUAAAGCAAAACCUUCGUUGCAGGGUCUCCCGACGAAGGGAUCAGUAAAAGAAAACAUGAAACCUGUGGAUUUCAAACUACAAACAACGGCAAAAGAAAACACCAAAUCUAUGGAAGUUAAGCUCCAAACCAAAGAAAGAGCAGUUAAACGUGCUUUCUUUAACUACUCGGUAGCAACAAAGCUCUAUCUAAUGGAGCAACAAAAGAGACAAAUAGAGAGGAUACAAAAGAUAAUCGAGGAAGAAGAAGUCCGAAUGUUAAGAAAGGAAAUGAUCCCACGAGCUCAGUUGAUGCCAUUAUUUGAUCGCCCUUUCGUUCCACGAAGAUCUACAACUCCAACGAAAGUUGCGAAAAAGACAAGUUCACAAGAAAAGCAAAGAAACAGCUUUUCGAGCACAAGGGAAUUUUACGGUUUCAGAGAAAAUGAAGCACAUUGAUCACAAUCUGCAUUGAUCAUGUAUAGAACAAGCCAACUAAACUCAUGUUUGUUGGAGUGAUAACCAUUGAUGAGGUGUUUAGACUUAUAGAAGUGUGUUUUUUUUUUGUCUGAAGAACUGAACUUAAGUAGGAUGUUGUUGAAUAAAGUGUUAGGCUGUGGGCUGAAAAGAACCUUAUUUUUGACAGUUUGGUUUGUUUAUGUAAUCAUGUGUUGGUUUUGAAUGGAAACUUAUGGAUUUUUUCAUC